AUGGCGUAUGAAUCCCCUGCGCGGGUGAAGUGGGCCACGGCGAUCUUUUGGAAUGUGCUCGAUCCCGCAUUCCGCAUGCACUUCAAAUAUUACCGCAGGAAGGUCGCUGUUGACCGCUACCUAGAGCGCAAAGGCGUCGUCUUUAACGUUGCCGUUGGCGUGACGUUUGGCCUCACGUUGUACUUCACACUUGUCUCAAAGUUUCUCCUGCCUGCCCCGGUGGCAUCGGAGUACUCGAUGGAGGAUAAUGCGAAGGAGAUUUUGCGCGCCAUGAAGUGCGACACCACGAAGGAGCUGCCGGCCUUUCUGUUAAUGCGGGCGAAGCGUGAGAUCAUUGGAAAGCUGCACGUUGCGGCUGACAGGGCAGAAGUAAAGCACCAGCGCGAGGAGGUUGAGAGGCUUCUUAAGACGUUGAACCAACAACAGGACAGCCCUCCACCCCAAUGA